AUGGAUCUUAUUCAAGAGGCUGGUUUAAUGAAGACUGUGACUCAGUUUUCAAAGUACUAUGAGAUGUUGGUAAAGGAAUUUAUUGUUAAUUUGUCUGAAGAAUGUGCUGAUGGCAAGUCUAAGGAAUUCAAGAAAGUGUAUGUGAGAGGCAAGUGUGUAAAAUUCUCUCCUUCAGUGAUCAACAAGUAUUUGGGAAGGCCUGAUGAAGCUCAACCUGAGCUUGAGGUAAGGAAGUGGCCUCUCAAAGGAAAAUUGGUGGCAAGUAAACUGAGUGUCAGGUAUGCAAUGCUGUACAAGAUUGGAGCUGCUAACUGGGUGCCCACCAAUCAUAAAUCUACAGUUGCUCAUGCAGAAAGCUUCAGUGUGAAGGGUCCUAUAGCCUUUCCUUCUCUCAUCUGUGGUAUUGUUUUGAAUCAGUUUCCAAACAUCUUAAUUGAGAAUGAUUUUGUGAAGAAAAGAGAUAGGCCUAUGUCUUUCAAUCAUAAGUUGUUCCUAGGUACCCAUGUCCCUGACAUUGUCAUGACAUCAGGUGAGACAUCACGUGUAAGCAAUCAGCCAGGUAAAGCUGUUGUCAUUGGAAUGCUCAAAGAAACCUGCAGGGAAUUAGAGGCAAGGAAGCUGAACUUGGAAAAAUUGAUUAGCUCUUUGGAGAUGACUGAAGGUGAUGUGCUAGCUGAUGGUGGAGAAUUUGGUGAAGCUGCUGCUGUUGCAGAAGAAGCUGAAAGAUAA